AUGCAUGUACUGACCAUUGAUGCCAUGAUCAACCAGACCUGCCAGGAACAGUUCAUCUUGCUGGGCUUCUCAGACAGACCGAGGCUGGAAUCCAUCCUCUUUGUGUUUGUUCUCAUCUUCUACCUGGUGACUUUAGUGGGCAACAUCAUCAUUAUCUUAGUUUCCUAUCUGGACCCCUGCCUUCACACCCCCAUGUACUUCUUCCUCACCAACUUGUCCUUCCUUGACCUCUGCUUCACUACCAGUUCCAUCCCUCAAUUGCUCUUCAACUUAGGAGGCCAGGACAAGAGCAUCAGUUACAUUGGCUGUGCAGUCCAGCUGUUCAUGUUUCUUGGACUGGGAGGUACUGAAUGUGUUUUGCUGGCCGUCAUGGCUUAUGACCGCUUCACUGCAAUCUGCAAGCCCCUUCACUACUCAGUCAUUAUGCAUUCUCAGCUCUGCUGGAAGUUGGUGUCUGUAGCCUGGAGCGUGGGACUCCUCAACUCCCUGGCCAUGUCUCCUGUGACCAUGAGGCUGCCACGAUGCGGCAGAUGCCAGGUGAGGCACUUCCUCUGUGAAAUGCCAGCCCUGAUAAAAAUUGCCUGUGUGGACACUGUGGCUGUGGAAAGCACUGUUUUCAUUUUAUCAGUGAUAAUCGUGCUGGUGCCCUUGACUCUCAUCCUCAUUUCUUACAGCUAUAUUGCUCUGGCAGUGAUGAGGAUCAAGUCGGCCUCAGGAAGGAGAAAGGCCUUCAACACCUGUGGGUCCCACCUCACCGUCGUCUCCUUGUUUUAUGGGAAUAUCAUCUAUAUGUAUAUGCAACCUGGACACAAGGCUUCUCAGGACCAAGGGAAAUUUCUUACCCUCUUCUACAACUUGGUAACCCCCAUGUUAAACCCUGUCAUCUACACGCUGAGAAACAAGGAUGUAAAGGGAGCGCUGAAGAGGCUUGUGACUAGGAAAUAA